GCGCGCGCAGCAAACUAGCUCUGAGCGCUCCCUGGAGUGCCACCGCCUCCGUGCUCCUCCCGGGCUGGGCGCUCUCGGGGCUUUCCUGAAGGUGACAUUGCCCAGAUGGCACUGACAAAUCAUGUUUCCACAGAAAAGUGAGCUGGUAGGAGAGCGGGUGCGGGCUUGGGACUGACUUGAGCCACCGCGGCAGGGAAGGAGGCUCGGGGAAGGAGGCUCGGGGCGGCCGCGGCCCGGACCCGGCGGACGGGCGUGGGCACGCCGCGUGUGUCCAGCCAGCUGGGGGAAGUGGGACGAGAGCGCGCGGUGGCGCAGACUGAGCGGGAGUUUUGGAGGGAGUUUGCAUGUGGUCAGCGCUGGGCUCCUAAGCCAGCCCCCAGCUCACGUUACACUCUAUUUAUAACCUCUCAGAGCCAUUUCCCCCUGAAAGCAGUUCUCUGGGACCACCUUCUUUUGGCUUCAAUCUCUUCCACUCUUGACAUCUGAGUAGCUCGCAGGGAAGCUCCUCCAGGUCCGGGUGUUUAUAUGCAAGGGAGACUGGCCGCUAGGGCUCAGGACCCGGACUACCUGAGUCCUGCGGAAGGGCGCGCGGCUGUUACUUCGGGAGGGGGAAAAUCGCUGAACUUCCAGUGGAAAGUGACAGGGGUGGUGGUGCAGUUUGGGCCCGUGUCGUGAAGUCUUCUGCCCAGAGCCCGAGACUUGCAUGCUAUGGAACACCCGCUCUUUGGCUGCCUGCGCAGCCCCCACGCCACCGCGCAAGGCUUGCACGCGUUCUCCCAGUCCUCGCUGGCCCUCCAUGGAAGAUCCGACCACAUGUCCUAUCCCGAACUCUCCACUUCUUCCUCGUCUUGCAUAAUCGCGGGGUACCCCAACGAGGAGGGCAUGUUCGCCAGCCAGCACCACAGAGGUCAUCACCACCACCACCACCACCACCACCAUCACCACCAACAGCAGCAGCACCAGGCUCUGCAGGGCAGCUGGCACCUCCCGCAGAUGUCCUCCCCGCCGAGUGCGGCUCGGCACAGCCUCUGCCUCCAGCCCGACUCUGGAGGGCCCCCGGAGCUGGGGAGCAGCCCGCCCGUGCUGUGCUCCAACUCGUCCAGUUUGGGCUCCAGCACCCCGACUGGGGCGACGUGCGCGCCCGGGGACUACGGCCGCCAAGCGCUGUCACCCGCGGAGGCGGAGAAGAGAGCGGGCGGCAAGAGGAAAAGCGACAGCUCAGACUCCCAGGAAGGAAAUUACAAGUCAGAAGUUAACAGCAAACCCAGGAAGGAAAGGACAGCUUUUACCAAAGAACAAAUCAGAGAACUUGAAGCAGAAUUUGCCCAUCAUAAUUAUUUGACCAGACUGCGGCGAUAUGAAAUAGCGGUGAAUCUAGACCUCACUGAAAGACAGGUGAAGGUGUGGUUCCAGAACAGGCGAAUGAAGUGGAAGAGGGUGAAAGGAGGCCAGCAGGGAGCUGCAGCUCGAGAAAAGGAACUGGUGAAUGUGAAAAAGGGAACCCUUCUCCCGUCGGAGCUGUCGGGGAUUGGUGCAGCUGCCCUCCAGCAGACAGGGGACUCUCUAGCCAAUGAAGACAGUCACGACAGUGACCACAGCUCAGAGCAUGCACACUUAUGAUAAACACAGAGGGGGCAGCUCCAUUCUCAGGAAAGAAACGUGAUGGCAAGCCUUCCCCAAACACCGUUUACACAGGAUGACUGUGGCAGUGAUGUUUAACAUUAUGAAAUGCAGGCUCGAGUCUGUUUUGUAUGAUUUAUAGAAGGUUUACAGCUAAGUGCCACUUACCAAAGAUUCUCCAACAGUGGAGAUGGAGAAGGUGAACUUGUUUUGAAUAUUUCCAAUACGUUUGGUUGUAAGUAUGGCAGUGAGCAGGUGUGUGUUUGCUUUUGCUUGCACUGAAAAUUAAAUUGCUAUCCAGAAUAAACCAUGAAAUAUUUUUUUUUUCCUGAACAGCCACAGUGCCUAAAAUCACCAAGUGGAUAAAAAUAUGUAUUUUAUCUCUGUAUAUAUUAUCUUUAUGUCAUUUUUCUGUCUUCACUAAUUUUAGCAAUGCAUUCAUACUAGCUGCGGAAAAUAGGCUCUCACACUGACAACCCAAACCAGCUUCUUGUAUUUCUUUUAUACAUUUUGUCAUUCACAGACAAUCAGUAUGUGCUUACUUGUGUUCAAGUAGAGAAAAAUACAGUAGAGUCUGAUAGGACAUAUUCUUGUACCACAGACAAAACAAAUCUUAUGUUGCAUUUACUAUCAACUGCUGCUAAUACAUUAUUAUAAAACUAACCUAGCUCCUCAAAUCUUCCUAUCUUAUAGCUUGAAAAAAAUUUAGGAUCAUAUGCAAAUCAGUUACUUGUCGAAAGAGCCUUGUGUGGCAGACAUUGAUUUUGUUUCUAUAAAAUGUUAGCUGUUAAGAGUACGAUUUGACUAAUAAGGAAAAGCUUUCUUCCUGAUUGGAAAUGUUAGACAAGGGACAAAAUGAAGCUGAUCCCUCGAAUAGACAAAUGACAAAAUUCUGAAUGCUUUCAAAUUAAACUCAGUAAAGAUAACAUUAUUUUUCAUAUGGGAUGUAUUCAUGCAGAACAAGUCUUUGUAUUUUGUAAAAAUAACCAAGUUUAAUAAAUGAUCCUUUGUAAAUAA